CGUGAUACAGGUGUGUGCACGGAAGCCCAGGUAAGUUCAAGCCCUAUUUCGAAAAUACACCCUGUCAGCCGAUCGACCACUCUGUUUCACCAUCCGCAACUUCCACAACAAUGGCAGUCGAAUAUGUGCUCUGGCACUACACCCCUUCUCUGAUCGCGGCCAUGGUGAUGUGCUCGGUUUUCGCGAUCGUAACGGCAGGACAUCUGUUCUUCUUGAUCCGGACUCGUGCGCGCUUCUGCAUUCCCUUUGUGGUCGGUGGCAUCUUCGAAGCUGUUGGUUAUGGAGCCCGCGCCGUAGCUCAUUACCACACCAAAGCCACCAUGCCAUACGCCAUCCAGUCUCUCUUAAUCCUCCUUGGUCCUAUCCUCUUCGCAGCAUCCAUCUACAUGAUCCUCGGCCGGCUGAUUCGAUCCACCAAGUGCGAGAAGCACUCCUUGAUUCCUCCAAAAUGGAUGACCAAGGUUUUUGUCGGAGGUGAUGUUACCUGUUUCAUCAUCCAAGGAGCAGGUGGUGGUGUCAUGUCAGGAGCCAAGUCACAGAAGACCAUCGACUUGGGCGAAGAUAUUAUCCUGGCGGGCUUGUGCUUUCAAAUCGUCGUCUUCGCACUCUUCGUCGUUGUUGCGGCCAGGUUCCAUCUUCGUGCCCGCCACAACCCUGUCUCGGCCGCGACACAAGUACCAUGGCAGCGUUACCUCUUCUUGCUAUACCUCGUCAGUGCGCUGGUCACAGCGCGAAACAUCUUCCGAGUCGUCGAAUAUGCCUGGGGAUCCGAUGGAUAUCUUCUCAGGCACGAAUGGACGUUGUACAUCUGUGAUGCAAUGCAGAUGGCACUUGUCCUGAUCGUGUGCCUCACAUGGUAUUCAUGCAACUUUGAAGUGGCACCACCCGCUCCAUUGAACGAGAGGGAAAGCAAGGCGGCUGUUUGAUCUUGAUAAAGACGGCACAAGAGUCCGGCUCUGAGCAAGGGUGUUGAUCCUGAACAUGAGGCACUGAAAACGUGUGUCGGAGUUGGAUGGGACACUGACUGUAUCUGUGAAGGGAGCCCUACCAGCCAUAUGUAGCAUUCGGGGAGUUGUGUCUUUGAAGAGAUGAGGAACGGAAAAGGGCGCAGGGUGAACGGUCGUCUUGGCGUUGGGAGCUUCGACGACUUGGAUUGGGAGGGAAGCCAUUGGUAGAUUGGUAUAGACUAGCGACAUCGAUGG